AUGGACACCACUGUCAUGCCUCAAGCAGUGGCUCAGGCUCCUUCCUUCUAUUUCAAACACGACAACACCAAGGGCCACGCCAUGUACCCAACCGUGCCCACGCUGCCGUCCACACCAAUCUACUCGCGACCCGGCUCCUCGUCCUGCUCGCAUCCCCCGACCCUUCUGAGCAACGGCCCCUCAGUCAUGCCUUCGAUGGGCUCGCCUUCGCUCGUCCACCACAAGCCCGCCAUCAUGCUCGAGACGGAGUUCAACGACAACCCAUACUUCCCGUCCACGCCGCCGCUGUCCACUUCGGGCAGUGCUAUUGGCAGCCCCAAGAGCUGUGACGUGCUGCAGACGCCGAUGAACCCCAUGUUCUCUGGUCUCGACGGCCUGGCUGGCAUCAAGGCCGGCCUGGAGCCUGUUGAGAAUAUCGUGCUGGACUGGUCUAGCAGUGGUUCGCCGCCGAUGACACCUGUGUACAUCCAAUCUCAACCCGUCAACGUCCCCUCGCUUAACGGCACCGCAAGUGACCUGUCCACAGCGUCUUGUCCGUCGCUGUCGCCGUCGCCCACGCCGUACGCGCGAUCAAUCGCGUCGGAGCACGACGUCGACUUCUGCGACCCCCGCAACCUGACUGUGUCCUCCGGCUCCUCCAACCCUACCCUAGCACCCGAGUUCAAGCUCACCGCCUUUGGAGACGAGCCCAAGGGUGAGCGGCACCUGUCCCAACCGGCGUUUGACUUCAGCCCAACGAUUCCCCACGACCUGCCUGCCUUCGAGGAUCUGUCGGAUCUUGACUCCGAGUCUGAUUUUGGCAAUCUCGUCAAUCUCGGCGAGCGCAAUCCUGUCGACGUCAACCGCCCGCGAGCUUGUACCGGCUCCUCGGUCGUUUCCUUGGGCCACGGCAGCUUCAUCAGCGACGAAGACUUCGGCUUUGACGAGAACGACUCGUUCUCCUUCCCCUCUCUGCCUAGCCCUCCCUCAAGCGUCGACUCCAGCGAGGACACCCACCAGGACAAGCGCCAGAAGAAGAGCAACGACAAGGAGACCCGCACCGUCGAGCCCACAAUGAACUCAGCCGCUAGUGAUGUCCAGACAGGCAGCGCGCAGCAGGUCUCGGAUAAGACCGAUUCCGACGCCUCUGACUCGGGCGGCAGCUCAGGCUCUGAGUCGACCCCCGCGCCUGUUCCGGCCCCGACCAACCGCCGUGGCCGGAAGCAGUCUCUCACCGAGGACCCCUCCAAGACGUUUGUCUGCGACCUCUGCAACCGUCGUUUCCGCCGUCAGGAGCACCUGAAGCGACACUAUCGGUCUCUGCACACCCAGGAGAAGCCCUUCGAGUGCAACGAGUGCGGCAAGAAGUUUUCUCGCAGCGACAACCUGGCUCAGCACGCUCGGACGCACGCCGGUGGCGCCAUUGUCAUGAACCUCAUCGAGAAUGGGGAAGCCGCUCCGUACAACGCCGCCAUGGUGGCCGCAUCUGGUGUGGAUGACUACGCAAACUACGGCAAGGUCCUCUUCCAAAUCGCCUCCGAGGUGCCUGGUAGUGCGAGCGAGCUGUCCUCGGAAGAGGGCAGUGAGCAAGGGAAGAAGAAGCGGAAGCGUUCCGACUAG